AUCGAAAGGAAUGGAGGAUUUAGGAAUGGAAGCAACAGUCGCUCAGCCUUUCCUGAACCGGACGUCACUGGUCUUUUAAUCGAGGCGGAGAAAGAGUUGUCGGAUCUCUCUGCUUCAGGAGGGUUGAAACUUGGCUGGAAAACCCACGCUGAGUGUGUGUUGCAGUGCGCAGACUGUGGCAAGGUGGGGGGAGAACACCGUGGACAGUUACCCAACCUGAGCAUAACGUUGUCUGAUCGGCGGUGACCAGCGACCGCACCCACACCGCUCUUUGGGGGGGGAGGGGGGCGGUUUGCCGGCGCCAUGGAGAAAUCGUGGAAGUGUGGGGACUGCCAGAAGGGUUUCCGGUCGCCCUCGGAGCUGGAGACCCACCGGCGGGUGCACACCGGCGAGCGGCCGUUCACUUGCUCCGUGUGCGGGAAGGGCUUCACCCAGUUCCCGAUCCUGCUCAAGCACCAGCGGGUGCACACCGGCGAGCGGCCCUUCGCCUGCUUCAUCUGCGGGAAGGCCUUCGCCCAGUCGUGCCACCUGCUGCGGCACCAGCGGGUCCACAGCGGCGAGCGGCCGUUCGUCUGCCCCCGGUGUGGCAAGGGCUUUGGCCACGCCAACAACCUGCAGCGGCACCAGCGGGUCCACACCGGCGAGCGCCCGUUUGCCUGCGCCGAGUGCGGCCGGCGCUUCAACAAUGCGUCCAACCUGCAGAAGCACCAGCGGGUGCACGCCGAGUCGCGGCCCUUCCCCUGCCCCGACUGCGGCAAGGCCUUCGCGCAGCUCGCCGGGCUGCAGACCCACCAGCGGGUGCACACCGGCGAGCGGCCCUUCCCCUGCCCUGACUGCGGCAAGGCCUUCCGCUUUGCGUCCAACCUGCAGAAGCACCGGCGCGCCCACACCGGCGAGUGGCUGUUCACCUGCUCCCGGUGCGGCAAGGGCUUCACCCAGUCCUCCAGCCUGCUGCGGCACCAGAGCAGCCACGCUGCCGCCGAGCGGCCCUGCCAGUGCGCCGACUGCGGCGGCGCCUUUGCGAGCCCGGCGGCGCUGACGGCCCACCAGCAGAGCCACGCCGAGGAGCGGCCGUUCGGCUGCGCCGACUGCGCCAAGCGCUUCCGGGUCCUGUCCAAACUGCGGCGGCACCAGCGGGUGCACACCGGCGAGCGGCCCUUCGCCUGCGCGGUCUGCGGCAGGGCCUUCAAGACCUCGUCCAACCUGCUGAACCACCAGGUCACCCACACCAGCGAGCGGCCCUUCCAGUGCCCCGCCUGCGGCAGUGCCUUCAAGAGCCCCGGCGACCUGAUGGUGCACCAGCGGAUCCACACCGAGGAGCGGCCGUUCGGCUGCUCCCACUGCGCCAAAGGCUUCCGGACUUCCUCCGACCUGCGGCGGCACCAGCGGGUGCACACCGGCGAGCGGCCCUUCGCCUGCGCCGAGUGCGGCAAGGCCUUCAGCACCUCGUCCAACCUGCUGAGCCACCAGGUCACCCACACCAGCGAGCGGCCCUUCCGCUGCCCCGACUGCGGCAGCGGCUUCAAGACCUCCCGGAACCUGAUGCUGCACCAGAGGAUCCACACCGAGGAGCGGCCGUUCAGCUGCGCCCGCUGCGCCAAGCGCUUCCGCAAGUCCUCCGACCUGCUGCGGCACCAGCGGGUGCACACCGGCGAGCGGCCCUUCGCCUGCCCCGAGUGCGGCCGGGCCUUCAGCCAGUCGUCCAGCCUGCAGACCCACCGGCGGCUGCACCAGAGCUGGCCGGGGCCGAGUGGCGCGGGUGGCUGCCGCGACCCAGGAGUGAGCCGUGGUCGAUCCGACGGGAGGUGCCCUUCAGACUGAGCCAGCAGGGGGUCAGUCGUCAACUGCCAC